AUGGCAGCGAUGAGAAGGGCGCUCCUGCUCCUGCUCUAUGUCUCCCACGCAUCUGCCAGUUGCGGCAUCCAGAAAAGCAACAUUGCGGUCACUUCCGAGGAGGGUUUGGUCGAAGAGCGGGAGUUCCCGUGGGUGGUGUCGCUGCAGGAUUCCCAGUACACCCACCUGACUUUCGGCAGCAUCCUCAGUGAGUUCUGGAUCCUCAGCAUCGCGUCCACCUUUCAGAACAGGAAGGAUGCUGUGGCUAUAAUUGGUAUAGCUAAGAUGGAUGCAAAACUGAUUGCUCAUGAAGAGUAUCCUAUCAACACCAUAAUCAUCCAUGAGGACUUCGACAAUAAGACAAUGAGAAAUAACAUAGCCCUCCUGAAGACAGACACGGCGAUGCAGUUCAACAGCCUGGUCCGGCCCAUCUGCUUCCUCGGCAGAAAGCUGAACAGGCCGCCACUCCUGCUGAACUGCUGGGUGGCAGGAUGGAACCCCACAUCUGCAACAGGAAAUCACAUGACAAUGAGUAUCCUGAGGAAAAUCUCCGUGAAAGACAUUGACUCAUGUCCCUUAAACAUAGGGCAGAAAACAGGAUGUGGCAACCACCUAGAGAUGGAGACCGACGCCGUCUGCUUGGGGGACCCGGGAAACCCAAUGAUGUGCCAGCUGAAGGAAAUGAGUCUGUGGGUGCUGAGAGGAAUCCUGUCCCAAGGAGGGGAGAAAUGCCCGGGCCUGUUCCUGUACAUCAGGGUGGAAGACUACAGCGACUGGAUCACGUCCAAAACCAGGAAGACCAGCUCUCCCCUGUCUUCCUUCCAUCACUGGGAGAACCCCAGCCCUUUACCCAGAUACUCAUCACGUGAUCUCGUGACACAGAGGAAACAGGCUAGGCUGAGCCAGCUUGCGUGGCCCCGACUAUCCUUCCAAGGACAAGAAAGCUCACAAUGGGCAAGGGGGCUUCCGGGCACACUGUACCGUAUGAAAAGGCUGCGGACUUAG